CUGCUACAAAGAAUGGCAGCAACGCUAGAACCACUAUAUUUAUGCCCAAGGAUUCUACUUUGAAAAAAUGUAAAGUGUAUUUUCAAUAAAACGAUUUUUCCAAAAGUCUCAUUACUUUUGAGACAGACCACGUAAUACUUGUAUAGUAUAAAUUAUUGAAAUUAUAAGAUAGACAACUCUCUCACAUUUGAUUUCUCUUAUAUCAGCAGCGUUUUUUAAUUUAGUUAUACGAAAUGCUCGUAAUAAAUCCGCGUAUACCAGACAUUCGUUGCUAGAUUGCAUGUCUCAUUUUUGCUGAUUGAGAAAACUAUGUAGUGUCUGUAGAAUAAAUUUCAGUGUACAUGUCCUAAUCAUGAAAAUUAUACGUUACGUGCAUUAAAACGUAUUCAGCUGUCACGCGAUACAUCCAUUGCCGCUUCGCCAUUGGUGCAGCUUAAAAAGUGUAUUAUAUGUGUAAAUGCAGAUUUCAAUCAGUACUUUUCAAGACAUCUCGGACUAAGUUUAUACCAAGCGGAAUCCUUCCAUACAGGUAACACACAUAUCCAAGGAGUUUGAAUUCAGAAUAAAUAAUGGAUUCAAUAAAAUUAGUAUCGUUCGAGGAAGAACUAAAGAAAAAUCCCGAAUUGAAAGAAUCAGAUAUACAAAUAUUGAGAGAAUGGUGCAACAAGCAGCCUUAUCUGCCCAAAAUAUCAGACAGCGAAUUAGCAUUGUUCUUACAUAGUAAUUAUUAUCGACUCGAACCGACGAAAACGACUAUCGAUACUUUUUUUACAGUCAGAACUCACGUACCUGAGUUCUUCAAUGAUCGAGAUCCUAUUAACAAUAAAGACCUCAAAAAAGCAUUUGAAAUAUUGACGGACAUAAUUAUGGUAGGAACUACUAAAGAAGGCUAUAAAGUCAUUUAUGGAAAACUCCUAGAUGCCGAUCCAUCACAUUUUGUUUUCAACGAUUGUAUGAAAGUGUUAAGUAUGGUAAUCGAUUUAUGGCUCUACACGGAAGGCACUUGCCUCGGUCACAUAAUAUUAGUAGACAUGAAAAACGUUUCUUUUGGCCACGUCGCCCGUUUAAGCCCUAUGAGCAUGAAGAAAUGGCUUUACUAUCUGCAAGAAGGAUUGCCUGUCCGAUUAAAGGGCCUCCAUUUCAUGAAUGCUUCGCCAAUAGUAGAUUCCAUCUUGAAUAUAAUGAGACCUUUCAUGAAAAAACAACUGAUGGAUAUAUUUCAUAUGCAUACCACGAAUGACACUCUGAACAAAUUCGUACCGAUCGAAAUUCUUCCAAACGAAGCAGGCGGUCAAGCCGGUCCUGUACAAGAGUUACAUGAGAAACAAUUGAAAGAAUUAAUAGACCAUGUUCCUUGGUUCCAAGAUGACGAAGCUAAUCAUCGUGUUAAUGAAUCGCUACGACCGGGCAAGGCAAAGUCAGCAAUGGAUUUGUUUGGUGUUGAAGGAAGCUUCAAGAAGCUUGAAAUUGAUUGAUCAAAUAAUCAGAUCUUUUGCAACAUUAAUUAUAUUGAUUUAAUUUUUAAAAAUAAAAAUAUUAAUCUAUUUUAUGUUUAUUAACGCUAAAUAUUUAGCCAAUUAAUGGCAAUAAAUAUAUAGUAUAGUAGUAACAACUUAUUGAUUAGACUAGAUUUUAAACAUAUUAAUAAAUAAAUAUGUUACAUUAAAUACAUUUACGUUAAUUAGAAAA